ACAGAUGUAAUACAACAAAAUACCAGGUCUCUACUAUCGGUAGUUAUCUACAAUGUUGCAACUAAACUUGUUCGAUUGACAUUAAUAUAGCAAAGGGUGCAAAUAAAGAGCGAAAAAUCAAAGCGAGUCUCCAGUACUUAAAGAAUUCAACACGUGCUAUGUCAAUGGAAGAGGAUUCAGAAAUGGAGAAAAUAGAACUGUUCGAUUCCUUAUGGAACCAAGAGCAAACCUCAAGAACACGUCCAGGAGAGAAGCCACACAGCUGUGGUGUUUGUGGUAAGGGGUUUCGGAUGUCAUAUACGUUAAGAAGACACCAGAAGACCCAUGUCGCAGAAAAGGCCUAUCACUGUGAUGUUUGUGGAAAAGGAUUCAAUGAGACACACCAAUUACAGUCGCACGGAAUGAUACAUACGGGAGAAAAACCUUUCAUUUGUGAGUUUUGUGGUCAGGAAUUUAACCGAAGAGCUCUUCUAAACAAACACUACCUGAAACGCAAGGAAGAGGAAAAUGAGCUCAAGUGUGGCGGCGAGAGUGGCACUGGGUUAAGAAAGACGUGUAGUCAGCAGUCUCCUAAGCGGCCACACAACGGAGAGAAGCCACGCACGUGCAACUUCUGUGGCAAGACGUUUAGUACUUCACAAAACCUGCAGGUGCAUAUCAGAACGCAUACAGGAGAGAAGCCAUAUACGUGUGAUACAUGCGGUAAGGCGUAUACAACAGCACAAAACUUACAGACACACCUUAGGACCCAUACAGGAGAGAAGCCAUACAAAUGUGACCUAUGCGAUAAAAGUUUUGUGCUGGAAUGUCGGUUGAAGGUCCAUGCCAAGCAACAUACAGGGGAGACACCAUUCAAGUGCGGUGUAUGUAAAAAAGAGUUUACGGUGGCGUCUAGUUUGAAGAUGCACCUUUUGACACAUACAGGAGAGAAGCCAUACGAGUGUGAAAUGUGUGGCAAGCGGUUCGUUCAGAAAAUUCAUCUUCGCACACACAAUAUGUCACAUACCGGAGAGAAGCCAUUUAAAUGUGAUAUUUGUGGUAAAGGGUUUAUUGGGAUACAACGCGUAACGGCACACAUCAAGCGACACACGGGAGAGAAGGCACACAAGUGUGAUGUUUGUGGCAAGGGGUAUGGUACGGAACAAUGUCUGAAGAGACAUGUUCAGACGCAUUCGAGAGAGAAGCCGUAUAAAUGUGACGUGUGUGGAAAAGAAUUUACAUUGUCAUCUUAUCUCAGACGACAUUUUCUCAAACACAUGAGAACGAUAACAUGAGAGAAUAUUUACA